UUGAAUGUGUUGUAGACGUCAACUGGCAGUCAACCGAAAUGGGACAAAAUAGGAUGAAUGUAAUUUUUCUUCAAUCUGGGAAGCCGUGAUAUUUAGUGAGGUGAAAGUGCGCUGUGAUGGUCAUGGUGUUAAUGAUGGAAUCGCAAUGCGAGUACUAUAUGUAUUUCCCGGCCGUCCCCAUCUCAGACCUGUCGGACCCGGCCAAAUACCGCACGCUCCCGCGUCGCAGUCACCUUUAUCUCGGGGAAACCGUGCGCUUUCUGCUGGUUUUGCGCUCUCAGAGCGUCGCGUCGGUGUCGGGAUCUGACGGCAGCGGCUCGGAGCAUCACAGCAGUCGCUCUUGGAGGGAGCUGGCUGGCUCUCUCUGCGCCGUGGCCAGCGUUAGCCCCGGCGACAACCGGCAGCGGACACAGCCUCUGUAUCACGACUACCACAGCAGCGGGGACGAGUGUGUGGAGGAUACGGACGAUUGUGAUGCUGCGGAGGUGGGCUGCGCAGGUCGAGGGGGCCCGAGGUGCCGGGGCUUCAGGGAGUGCAAGCCGCUCCUCAUUCACAACAACCCCGGCAACAGCGUGAGGGAAUUCCGCAAGGCUCCUGUACAGUCUCCUGUGGAUGAGCCAGUUGUUUUAAGCGAUGAGGUCAUCUUCCCCCUGACAGUGUCCCUGGAUAAGCUUCCUGUCAACACUCUCAAAGUGAAGAUAAUUGUAACUGUGUGGAAGCAAGAAGAGGAGAAAGCUGAGAUCCAAGAGCAUGGCUACCUCAGGAUUCUCCAACAAAAGAGCCCCUGCCAAACAUUUCGCCAGGAUCUGAACACCUUCAAAGCGCAGGUCAGCACCACACUUAAUGUUCUGCCCCCUCCGACUGUAAAGUGUCAACAAAUGACAGUCUCAGGGAGACACUUAACUGUCCUCAAAGUGUUAAAUGGGAGUUCUCAAGAGGAAGUGUGUGUGCGUGAUGUCAAAAUCCUUCCCAACUUCAAUGCUUCAUACUUACCAAUGAUGCCAGAUGGCUCGGUGCUGCUGGUGGACAACGUUUGUCAUCAAUCAGGAGAAGUUGCCAUGGCAUCAUUUUACAGAAUGGACAGUGAGUCCAGUCACCUUCCCAGCAUGCUCAGUGCUCUAGAGGAGCAGAACUUUCUCUUCCAGCUACAGCUCAAUAAUCAGCCACAAGAUGAUUCAAAUGAGGGACUAGAGGUGCCAUUAGUUGCAGUCUUACAGUGGUCCACUUCUAAAUUGCCCUUCACCAACUCUAUCUACACUCACUAUAGUCUCCCUAGUGUGAGACUGGACCGUCCGCGCUUCAUUAUGACCGCCAGCUGCCCCAGUGCUGUCAAGGCUCGUGAGCAUUUCUGGGUGCGAUAUACCCUUCUGAACAACUUGCAGGACUUCCUGGCAGUCCGACUAGUCUGGACGCCUGAAGGUCGUGGGCAGAAAGAGGAUCCUGCAGUGAAUGCAGUGGUGUGUCAUUCUCCUUUCAGUAACCUGGGUUACUGUCGAAAAGGCAGUACACUUUCCGUCAGUGUGGCUUUCCAGAUACUCCGAGCAGGUCUUUUUGAGUUGAGUCAGCACAUGAAACUGAAGCUACAGUUCACAGCGUCCGUGUCCAACCCUCCCCCUGAUGCUCGUCCUUUGUCCCGCAAGAACAGUCCGUCGAGUCCAGCGGUCAGAGAUAUUCUGGACCGACAUCAGGCCAGUCUCAGUCUGGGCCGCUCUCAGUCCUUUUCUCACCAGCAACCAUCAAAGUUUCAUCUCACAAGGACAGGCAGUGUUAUGGAGCGCAGGGCCAUCACCCCUCCCGUGGGCUCUCCUGUUGGACGGCCACUGUACCUCCCUCCAGACAGGAACAUCUUGUCACUCGACAAAAUUGCCAAGCGUGAGUGCAAGGUGCUGGUACUGGAUUCACACACCUGAAUCCAAACACACAGAGGGAGACGAAGUAGGGAUAUUUUUUAACUUUGGCAAAAUGUGUCAUGAAGUAGUGUAAAUCAAAAACGGGGUUUAAUGUCUGUCAGUUUCAGUUCAGUAUAUAGUUCUUUUGUUUUCCUUUUACCAGCAUUCAUUGUUUACAUGCUGUACAGUACGAUUAUUUUAAAUAAUUUCAAAGCAGUUUACAUGCAGCUACUGUUUUUGACAUUUUCAACAGAAGGAAUGAAAAGAAAGCAUAAACACAAACAGGGUUUUUAUGGUUUAUCCAUAGGACAUUUCACUGGAGUCAUGAAGUUCUGAGACUUGUGUUACAUACAAGUUAAAAUAUUGUAUUGAUGGCUGUUUAUGGAGAAUGGAUGGUUAUGGUUAGUCAUACCCAGGCGUGCUUGUUUAUUUAAUGGUUUGGCUAAUUUGGUAAUGUUUUCAGCUACAAAUUAAUCUAGCACUCUAUUAAAAACAUUUUGCUAUGUUUAAAUCUAUUCUGUAAAUUUGGCUCCCAAUAUCAGUGCAAAAAAUGAAGAAUUCAGCAGAUUCUAUCUGGGCCUAGUCAUAUCCAUUGUAAAAGCAUGCCACAUACAAAGUCAUGUUUUUUUUUGUUUACUACUUACUAUUGGAUAGGUUUUUUGAAUGUCUUUACAUUUCAUUUGUCAAUACUGCCAACAUUUCCCUUCCUAAAUUCAAUUCCUCUUUGCAUUCCUUUUUGUAAAAGUGCUUUUAUUGUUUUCCUUAAUUACUUGAAAGAUGGUUUGCAAUGUCGUGCCUGUGAGCAAUCAGACGGUUUCUUUCAUUUUCAGUCCUGAACCCUGGAAUCUUUUUGGACUGGCAUUUAUUGUACCCUGCAGUGUAACUGUAUCACCGAUAUUCCUUACUCAGUAGUUAUGUGUACGUGUUGUUAAAUUAGUAUUUAUUUAAUUCAUCAAAUUAUUUCACUGCUGUAAUGUUAACACUCCAGUUCUUCAGGCUGUUCAACUUCUACAGGUUUCACAUGUAAGCACACCAAUCAAGUCACUUCUGGUGGUGGUGGAGCUUGUGUUAUUGGCAGAUGCCAUUUUAUUUCUGCUCCUCCUUUCAUGGCUUUAGAAAUAAUCUGUCACAUUCCUGCUGCAUUGUGUGUUCUCAAAAAUGAUCUCGCCCUUCUCCCGCUAGAUGUCCAGGAACAAACUCCCAGGAAGCAUCAGGGCAGAUGCUGGUCAUACAGUAGUAUUGAUUUCUAUGCAUUUACACUGAACAUCGGACUUUAGCAGAGAGCUUGAUAUGUACAAGCCCUCAGGCUGUAGUGAUAAUCAAUAAUCAACUGGCGUAAAGCGUCACCCCAUUGUGCCAUUUAAUGGGGUUACGAUUGAUUUCUUUUAUCAAUGUUUACAUUUCUGUGCACAUGUGAGGACUACUGAUUAAUCCUUGGGACUGAAAACCCUUUUCCUUUGUUGUGGAAUGUUGCACAUGGUUUUAUAUUGUGUCCGAAUAUAGGAUCUUGAAUGUUUCAUUUUUUCAGACUGAAUUGUUUAGACAGACUACUUAUUCUGAGGAAAUGUAACAAUGAUUCAAAACCAUUUGUGGGUGUAAAUAAUACGUUUUAAUAUAAACACUGUGAUGUAUUUUAAUUUUCAAUUCAUUUCACUUGCAAUUUUGCAUAUUUGCAUCUUGGCCAGUUUUCUUGUUUUGGACUAUGUUAUUAUUUUACAUUGAAAACCUGUGAAGAAAACUUUCAUGGCACGAGUGGAUCAUUUAUUGCAGAACAAAAAGAUUUGGACUAUCAUGUUUAUUUUUUUGUAAGCACUUUAUUUAAUUUUUUGUAACUUAUUUUUUGAAAAAGAAGGAAUGCUCAAAGGACUGGUGGCUGGAUAUUAUAUUUUCCUGAACAGCAUGGUUCAAAAACAUUUGGAUUCUUUGUUUUUAGCCUCUUGACAAGGCACAUCACAGAACAAUUGUUAAUUGACAACUCUAACCACUGGAUUUACUCCCAUUCUGUAUAAAUAGCUUGAGGUUAGAAGUUAUGCAAAAGGUAUCAGUGCAUACAUAUGUUGAGUAUUGCGCUUGUAUUGUUUGUUCAGACUUUUUGUUUUGGGUUUUUUGAAUGGCCAAGAAGCUCGUCUGGUGGAAAGUCCUUGUGGAACUCAAUCAUUUAGAUAGCUGGUCAAGCAAGACAAUUUUGACUAUACUCUUCUAUGAACUUCUGCUGUGCACUUUUUUUGUUUGUUUGUUUUUAUAUGCCUUUAAUUGCUGUUUGAAGUGUUAACAAAAGUGUUCCGAGUCAUUGGAAAUGUUGUUGGUUAUUGGAGUGUUGCACUUGAACAGGUUAAAUAAAAGCAGCUA